ACUUGUUAGUUGUUACAUGUAGUUCUGUAAAAUACGUCUUGCCCAUUUAUUUCAGUGAAUUUUCAUUUAGUGAUUGCUGUGUAAUUCGGAAUUACCAGAAUGUUGUUUAUUUGUUGUUGUUGAUGAUACCAUUUUGUCAUGGCCGAUACUGCAGGAUCAGAAAUCCUUAUCAGUGAGGCCGUAGCUGCCCUUGAAGAAUCUGGUUCUUCCGCGGAUACGGUUACUAGUCCACCUACCGCGGUUGUUCCUGCACCGAAGAAGUCCUGGGCCGCUUUGGUUCGCGGCCCGGACGAAGCGAAACCCUCUGCACAGUCUGUGCAGACGUCGGGGCAGUCAUCCGCUACAGCGAAGCGUCCUGCCGUAACACCAUAUGUUAUUACCUCCGAAGAAGGCAAGCAGCAGAGGGAACGCGAUAAACUGAUCAAUCUGGGUGAAUUGGUUGUUGGAAAGAAUCUGAUUAAUGUGGAAAUCAACCACCGCACCAUUUUCUUGACCCCACGGGGUAUGAUCAACCGUGGUAACGCCUGUUACGCCAACGCCGUUCUCCAGACGCUGGUAUUUUGUCCGCCGUUCUUUCGCUUAAUGGAAGCUCUGGAUGUGGAUACCGAGGAUUUUGAUCGACUGUAUGCCUUUCUUCCGCCGGUUACUGCGUGUUUUGCUCAAUUAGUAAAAGAGUUUAACAAAAUUCCGAGUAAUCUUGCCCGGAAAACCCAGCUUGGCCGUGAAGAGCCGCCGCUGGAUCCGAGUUUUGUGUACGAAACGCUGGAACGACAUGGAACAGCAUCGCAGCAGCAGAUGCUGAGCAAGGGAAAUCAGGAAGACGCACAGGAAUUUCUGAACCACGUAUUAUUGCUAAUACAUGAGGAGAUGGUUAAAGGUGUCGCCUCCGUGGAGAAAGUAUCCGGUCCCGAUAGGUAUACUGCAGAAAAUGGUUCGGAUGAAUGGACAAAUGUUGGAUCAAACCAAAAGAAAAGUAUUGUGCGAGAAUUCGCUGAUUUCACGGAUUCUCCACUGUCUCGAUUAUUUUGUGGUAAACUGAGGUCUAUCAGAAAGCAGCCUGGUGCUAAAGAUUUUGGGAGCGUUGAACCGUUUUUCAUGCUGGAUCUUCCUAUUCAGGAUCCAAGAGUGAGAACCGUUUUCGGUGCACUGGAACGUUUUAUGCAGCAGGAAAAUCUUCAUGGCUUUCAGGAUAGUAAGGGACGGACAGUGCCAGCUACUCGGCGAUAUCAGUUCGAGCAGCUUCCCGCUAUUCUGAUCUUGCAUUUGAAGUAUUUUGAAUUUUCUUCCAAUGGGGGUUUGGCGAAACUGCAGAAACCGAUGGAUUUCGAGCCGGUACUGCGGCUACAGGAGCGCUGGUUUGCUUCUGGUCAUUUCCAGCCGUCGAAAUCUGUGUAUAAGUUGUCAGCGGUUGUUUUUCACUAUGGCGAAGGAACAGAAAACGGCCACUACACAGCCUGCCUGUUUCAUCCAUCGAGUCAAGCGGGUUGGAUUGAAGCCAAUGAUUCCUUAAUUAGUGUUGUUAGCUUCGAUUAUAUGCGCAGAUCCCAGUUGCACAGAGUACCGUACUUGUUGUUUUACAGAAUGCAACCUGACUUUUAACGCUUUUAACUAUGUGUCUUUUGCACAGUUGUUGUAGGCUUCUAGCCAGUAGCUUCGGCGAAUGUUAAAUUCCAUAAUUAUCAGCAAACGUUUUUGCGGUCGACGGGUUUUUGCGUUUUUGCGGUUUUGCGAUAAUUCGACGGUUCAAAAUUUUCCUUUAAAGUGAAAACGGAUGGAUUUUUUUAAAUAAAUUUUAAUAAAUGAGUGUUCUCAACCCGUGAGGCUUUGAUCAGAAUACACAAACUGCUAAAAUAAAGAAACU